ACACGUUAAACUUGACGUGGACUAAGGUAGCUGGCUCGAUAUAUCGAAGUAAAAUAGAAAUUAUUUCAAUAAUUUCUUUAAAUUAUAUGAGGACGGCUACUCUGUAACACCUGUCUAGAUGGUAACUUGUUAAUACAAGAUGACCAUAUUUCCAAAAAUGUAUAGUGUGUUGUGUGUGGUGUUAUUGCCGAUACUUUUAAGCCAACAAGUCGAUGCGGCGGCAGUAAUUUCCAUUGAUUUUGGAUCAGAAUGGAUGAAGGUUGGCAUAGUGUCACCGGGUGUUCCUAUGGAAAUCGUGUUGAACAAGGAGUCUAAGAGGAAGACACCAGCUGUCGUUGCCUUCAGAGAUGAUGUUCGGACAUUCGGGGAAGAUGCUGUGACAGUUGGAGUCAGAUUCCCUAAAAAUUCUUACAAAUAUUUACUUGAACUUCUUGGCAAGACAUAUGACCACCCUCUUGUACAAUUAUUCAGAAAGAGGUUCCCUUAUUAUGAAAUUGUGGAAUCGGACCGAGGCACAAUUGAAUUUGUGCAUGAUGACAAGACAAAAUUUACACCUGAAGAGCUAGUUGCACAGAUUCUAGCCAAAGCCAAAGAUUUUGCUGAAAUUAAUCAUGGCCAACAGAUUAGCGAGUGUGUGAUUACAGUUCCUGGUUACUUUAAUCAGGCUGAGCGUAGAGCACUCAAAGAAGCUGCUUCAUUAGCAGGCUUGAAUGUUUUGCAGUUAAUUAAUGAUUAUACUGCUAUUGCUAUAAACUAUGGCAUAUUUAGGAGAAAGGAAAUCAAUGAAACGGCAUGGUACACUUUGUUCUUUGAUAUGGGAGCAUCUUCGACUAAAGCCGCAUUAGUUGAAUACAAAACUGUCAAAAUUAAGGACAAGGGUUAUGUUGAAACUGUGCCACAACUGCAGGUCUUAGGUGUUGGUUUCGACAGAACACUUGGAGGUUUAGAAAUGACGCUUCGUCUCCGCGAGCAUCUGAUUAAAGCCUGGGAGGCUAACGGUGGAGGAGAUGUGCGAGCGUCACCUCGUGCUAUGGAGAAACUGUUCCGUGAGGCGGAAAGGCUAAAGGUCGUGCUCUCUGCUAACACCGAGUUCUACGCUCAAAUUGAAAGCCUUCUUGAUGACAAAGACUUCAAGCUGCAGGUGAGCAGGGCUGAGCUGGAAGAGUUAUGUGCUGACCUCUGGGAGCGGGUGGGGGCGGUGGUGCGGCGCGCGGUGUCGGCGGCGGGGGGCGCGGGGGCGGGCGCGCGGCUGGUGGUGGCGGGGGGCGGGUCGCGCGUGCCCGCCGUGCUGGCCGUGCUCGCCGACGCGGUGCAGCACGAGCCCGCGCGGUCCAUCAACGCGGACGAGGCUGCCACUCUCGGAGCUGUCUACAGAGCGGCAUCAUUAGCAACAGGAUACAAAGUGGCCCCUCUGAAUGUACGAGAUGCUGUGUUGCUUCCAAUACAAGUUGUCUUCACAAGACACGCCGAUGGCGUCGACAAGCUGGUUAAGAGAACUCUCUUUGGGCCUAUGAAUCCCUACCCACAGAAGAAGGUGAUCACUUUCAAUAAGCACACAGAGGAUUUCUCCUUCAAUGUGAACUAUGCAGAACUUGAUCACAUCCCAUCCACUGAAUUGCAGUACAUUGGUGCUCUCAACUUGAGUGAGGUUUCGUUGAGUGGAGUUUCCGCGGCUUUGGGUAAACAUGUUGGCGAAAAUGUCGAACAUAAAGGUAUUAAAGCACAUUUCAAUAUGGACGACUCUGGCAUACUAAACUUGGUUAACGUUGAAUUUGUUGCUGAGAAGACCGUCACAGAAGACGAAGACAAAGAUAGCACUCUGUCUAAGAUCGGAAGUACUAUUAGUAAAUUAUUUGGUUCGGAUUCAGAAACUCCGGAAAAAACUGAAGAACAACCCCAGGGAGAAGCUAAGAACGACACACAGAAACUCAAUGAGACGACCACUGAUAAGCAGAAUUCAACAGAAACUGACAGCAACCCUAAACCGAAAAUCGUUAUUCUGAAAGAACCAAUUAAAUCCGAAGAAUUAGUCCUCAACUUGCAACCUCUGUCAACCGACCAGUUCAAGAAUUCGAAAGCAAAGAUAAAUGAACUAAACACGAUCGACAAGAAGCGUGUCCAAAGAGAAACGGCGUUGAAUAAUCUCGAAGCGUUCGUUGUUGACGCUCAAAUGAAGAUCGACAUGGAGGAGUAUGCUGAAUGUGGAACUGAGGAGGAAAUUGAGGAGAUCCGUAAACUGUGCAGCGAGACUUCCGAAUGGUUAUACGAUGAUGGAUACGAUGCAGACACUGAACUGUUCGAACAAAAACUUAACGCUCUCAAAGAAAAAACUCACCCUAUAUUCUACAAGCAUUGGGAACACAGGGAAAGGGCAGAUGCGGUUUCAGCUAUUCGAAACUUAUUGAAUAGUUCCAAGGAAUUCCUUAAAAUGUCAAAGAACUUCACCAAAGAGUCGAAUGAAGAGAAAGAUGUCUUUACCGAAGUUGAGAUUGGCGUUUUAGAAAAGAAGAUCGAGGAAACUGAGACUUGGCUAGAGAAGGCCAUCAAAGAACAAAAGGCACUGAAAAAGAACGAAGACGUUAAAUUGACAGUUGACAGCAUUCGAGAAAAAAUGGCAAAUCUCGACAGAGAAGUAAAGUAUUUGUUGAACAAAAUGAAGAUUUGGCGACCCAAGAAACCAGUCAAGAAAGAUGCAGAUAAUAAAACCGAGGAAGUUGUGAUAGAGCCUACGGAGAAUCCCGAGACUCAGGAGGAGGCUCCUCAAGAUGAUAGCGGUGCUGAUGAUAAACCAGAAGAAGAGGUUAAAGAGAUGGAUACUAAAGAAGAAUCAACAGAGCCACCCCUACAGCUCUCUGACGGUCAAGCUGAACAUUCCGAGUUAUAAUAGGAACAAGGUAACUUAAUAUUAUUAAUCUAAUUUAUUUUUUAAUUGAAAGCCGGUGUGGCUUGUUCGUUUUUCACUAAAUAAAUAAUAAUCUUAAUAUUUAUAGGGCCUUGUAUCUAGCUAUAUUAAACAUUAUAUAGUUCCAUAGAACAAUAGGGAAUAGGUAAUAUGCGUGAUAGUUGACCGUUAAAAGCGAACAAGUCAUUAUUAUUUAAAUCUCAAUAAUUCUGACCGCCUUUCUUUGAUUCGACGAUUGAAUUUUAAAAUAUGUUUAUUGUUAUGGUUCAGUUAUAAUUUUUUUAUAUUUUGUAAAAAUAUAGUAUGGCUAUACUACUAUCUGUUGAUUCAUUUUGCAAUGGCCCCAGAUAAACUAGGACGAUGAGGAUGCUUGGUAUUUAUUGUAAUUUAUGUGAUAAAACAAAGGCUUAAUAAUGUUUGUGAGAGUAUUAUUUAGUUUUUCUAACAUGGACAUAAGAUUAGAAGAAUGGACCUACAUCGUACAAAUGAUAAUAAAAAAUGCGAUUACACAGAUGAAUUAAGUAUCUUGUGUAUACGUUCACUUCACUUGAAGAUACAUUCACUUUGUAGAAUGCUACAGUUAAUUGUUUAGUAGUCUCAUUGGUUUGGUCAACAAACUGGUUUGUUGGUUUUGUUUUUUAGUGAAAGACAAUUGUUUUUCAGAAUACUGUUAAUUUUUUUAUAUUUUUAGUUUAAAAUAAGAUAUGUGCAUGUGAGAAAAACGGUGCGUCGACUGAGCCGAAUACUUUUAGUGAGAUAUGUUCAACACCCAGUCGCAAAUGAAAAUAAAUUAUACAAUGGAGAAA